UGCACCUUACUGUUACCCGCCUGUCGUUUCUCUCUCUCUCUCUCUCUCUCUCUCUCUCUCUCGUUGUUGAUGGGUUGCUUUACUCGGCCUUCCUCAUCAGACAAACCAAAUCUAGAGUUACCCAUUUCUCUGUUCUUCCAUUUCAAGCAAGGGCAACGCAAAACUCGUAUCCUUUUUUCCAUUUCCUUUUCUCCGUAAACUUCAAUGCUUGUAUUCUGAGCUACUCUUCUCUCUCUUUCUCUCCCACACCCCGAUUCUCUUGUUCCCUAAAUCAUUCCGCCGAGGUUCUCUCUUCCCCUGCUAUGAGACACGUGGCUCUUUGAUCCUUUCAAUUCAAACAAGUUAGGACCUUUGGGGCUUUGAUUGAUGCUUCGCCCUUUGAUUUUUCUUCUCCUCAUAUUAGUUUCCUUUUUCUUUUAGCACACCAAUCCCUUCCCAAAGCUUGAUAGUAAAAGGUUUGUUGGGAACUUGUUUAUAUUUAUGAGCAAAAAAGACACUGUAGGACUUUAGAACAAAAAGCUGGUUUGGAAAAGGUGAUGCCUUUGGCACAUUUUCUCUAUCAGAUGAAAUGCUUGUGACCAAUAAGGAGCAAAUCAACAUGUCACAAUGCUUGUUCUGUAUCUGAGGUGGUUGAAGGUUUUCUUUUUUUUUUUCCCCUUCUUCAUUGCUUGGAAAUGCCGUUGUUUUAGUCUAUUUGAUAUAAUUUUGUCCAUUUAUGAAUCGUAGUUAUUUUAGUUUGAUAUCAAAUGUCAUAGAAAAUCUAAAAGAGUGAAUUAUCUAUUAUGUAUGUUUGCAGCAUAAUCUACUGUUGGGAUGAGUUGAAUAUAAUAGCAUAUAUUUAGUAUCAAGAGUUUCAUGUUCUGUGUUGUGUGGUUCUAUUUACUGUUUUGAUUUGCUUAACGUGGCAACCUGCAACUAGUGUUUGUGGUUUGCAACUAACAUGAAUUGUGUCAUGCAGAUGUUUAGAAAUUGCUUUUAGUUUGAACGAAAAAUCCUAAUUCUUUGUUCUGUAUUACCUCUUUUAAUUUGAAGAUAGGAUAUUAUAUCUGAAUCAUCUAGUCUAGACUAUCUAGUAAAAGAUGAUAAAAUCUAGAGGAUCUUUCUUAUUUGAUGUUAAGAUGUUUAAAUAAUAAGCUUUUUUCCCCGAACACACCCAUUAGGUCUUUCAUUUGAACUUCUAUGGCUGGAGAAACUUCAUGGAUCAGUCACUAUGAUGAUGACACAGGAAGGGAUAUUGGGGAGUUUGGCUCAUCGUUAGAGCCUGGUGAAGAUGGUGACAAACAAACAAGUGUUGUCUCUGUGGAUCUUAUUUUGCCGGAUGACUUGUUGGAGCGGAUCCUAGCCUACCUUCCUGUUGCAAGCAUUUUCAGAGCUGGUUCUGUAUGUAAAAGAUGGCAUGAUAUUGUCACUUCAAAGAGGUUUUUAUGGAACCUUUCUCAUGUUCUACAUCAAAAACCUUGGUACUUCAUGUUUACAAGCUCUGAUGAACCAAUCGGUCAUGCAUAUGAUCCCAUCCUACGGAAAUGGUAUGGCAUUGAACUUCCCUGCAUUGGCACUUCAAAUUGGUUCAUUGCUUCAUCAUGUGGUAUGGUUUGCUUCAUGGACAAUGACAGCCGAAGUGAAUUGUGUGUAUGCAACCCUAUUACCAAAAGGUUCAAGAAGCUGGAGGACCCUCCGGGUUUAAAAUUUUCUGAUUACAGUGCACUAGCAAUCUCAGUUAGUAGGGAAUCUCAGUGUUAUACAGUGGCAAUUGUAAAAUCCAAGCAAGUCCCUGAGAACUUUUUCCAGUGGGAUAUCUCAAUUCAUAUAUACAAUUCUGAAGAAGUGACUUGGAUAACACCUUUCACCGAAGUUUUGUUAGGGUGGAGAGGUGGUGACGAGAGUGUAAUAUGUAAUGGGGUGCUAUACUUUUUGGUUUAUUCAACAGGGGCAGGUCUACCUGCAAAUCGCCAUUCCCUAAUUGGAUAUAACAUCUCCAACCAUUCUUCUCAAGGUAGCUUAACAAGGAACUUUAUUCCAGUACCUUGUUCUCUGACAUGUGGCCGUUUGAUGAAUCUAAAGGAAAAGCUUGUAAUGGUGGGAGGUAUUGGUAAACCAGAUAGACCUGACAUAAUCAAAGGAAUUGGAAUCUGGGUUCUAAACGAUAAGAAGUGGGAAGAUAUUGCACGAGUGCCUCACAAAUUCUUCCAAGGCUUUGGAGAGCUUGAUGAUGUUUUUGCCAGCAGUGGCGCAGAUGAUCUCAUAUAUAUUCAAAGUUAUGGAUCUCCUGUGCUGCUUAUAUAUGACAUGAGCAAUAAACAAUGGAAAUGGGCACAGAAGUGCCCUGUGAUAAAAAGGUUCCCACUUCAGCUUUUCACAGGUUUUUCCUUUGAGCCUAGGCUUGAAAUUGCUCCAUAGCUUCUCCAUACAAUAAUAAUCAACAGCUGCUACUGGCACCUGAUUUUAAGGCUUCUGCCCAUUUUCUUCUAUUGUUCUUUAGGACAAAAUUUAAUCUGAUUUUGGUUCUUUAACAGUUCAUACAAAAUGUAAGUGCUGAUAAAGAUGCUUAUUUGUGGAUACUGGAUACUAUUAGUUGCAUUUCAGAAUACCACAGUUAUAUUUUUAUUUUUCA